AUGUUCUCAUGUGUUCACUGUCUUCAGCCUUUCCUCGCCUUGCUCUUCUCUGGCUUAAUCACUUGGGGUCAAACCUGUCCAUCCAGCUGUUUCUGUUCAGACCCUCACACCGUAAACUGCACCGGUCAAGGGCUUACUCAUUUACCAAACUCCAUCCCUUUGGAUACCCGGAGGCUCGUUCUGUCUAAUAACUGGAUAGCCUUGAUCCCCCCAGAUUUCCUAGUUCUAUACAGCGAUCUGGUAUACCUGGACCUGCGGAAUAACUCUCUGACCAGGCUGGAGCCAGGGACUCUGACAACUGCCUCCAGGCUUGUCUAUUUGGACCUGGGAGGUAACAACUUGACAGACAUCCCUUCUGGAACUUUUAAAGAAUCUCGCAGCUUGAUCAAGCUUCGCCUGGAUAACAACCCCUACCUGAGCGUAGUGGGUGAGGACGCAUUCUCCGGCCUCACCUCUUUGCAAGAGCUGGAGAUGAAGAUGACCGGACUCUCGAGCCUGGACGUCAGGGUGCUCAGCCAACUGCCUUCCUUGAGAGUUAUACACCUUGAGGGAAACCCCUGGAUGUGUAACUGUCAUUUUGCCAAGUUGUUUUUAUGGCUGAGUGAAAAUCGUCACAAGCUUCGAACUGGGCUGGAGGGCAUGGAGUGCUCACUCCCAGUGGAUGGGCGACAGGUCUCUCUGAGCAUGCUUUCCGAGGACAGCUUCAGAGAAUGUAAGGGUCUGCUCUCUCUAAAAGAUUAUCUCAUCGUCAUUUUCUCUGGGAUCUGUAUAUCAGUCGCCGCCAUCAUUGCCAGCUUCUUCUUGGCAUCCGCUAUUCACUGUUUCCAGCUGCUCAAAGCCAAAAGGACAGAUGAGGAGGAUGGGGAGGACUAA